AUGAACGAUUCACAGAAUCAGAACAGUUUCGAUUUUGUACCAAAGUCUGAUUAUAAUGAGAAGUGGCAUCUGGAAAAUAAAUGUCUGUUUCAUAAUCAACAAUACCUCGAAGGGGACAAAUAUGAAACGAAGAAAUUAUACACGGAGUGUCCAACGCCGUGUGAUCUUUGUUCGCAUUUCAAAGAAAAAUUCAAGUCGAAAACAGAUGGAAACGAUUUAACUCGGAGAUCAGGCGAUUGGAAAUGUGACGAUGAGCUUGGAAAGAAAUCUUUGAAAUGUAUCGUACAGGAUCCUCCGAUUACCGAAUGGAAAUGGAAAAAUCCUUACAGUGUUUCUGAUCUUGAUCGAUCGAAACGUUGGUAUCGACGUAGUUUUACUUCAGUCUAUUUUCCUUCCGAAGGAGAUGACAUUACAACGAACUUGUUACGCGAUCUGCAUAACAAAGAUUCCCUAAAAGAUUAUACGAAGAACAAUUUCUUGUAUAAUUUCCGCGAAUACUUGGUCAGAUAUCAGGAAUCUUGUGGCGUACCACGAACAGAAUAUUCUUUUUGGGCUCUUAUUAAUACGAUGGGUCAAGCAACAGGUCGAUCUUUCCUUGCAUUGUUGUAUGUCAUACUGAACGUUAUACCUGUUGUCGAGGUAUUCCUAUACUUAUUGCGAUUCGUUCUGGACAAAGUGAUUAGCAUAAGCAACAGCAAAGAUUUCCAGCAGACGGUGACUCGAUGUUUAAUAUUCACGACAGAAUUAUUCAGUGUUUAUAUAUGUCUAAUAUUUAUAUUCGGUUUUAUUGUCUUACCGAUUGUACACAUGGUAAUUGAUAUAGUAGCAAAGAUCAUGCUCUACAAUUAAUAGUAAUAACAGUCAUUUAGUCCUAAUUGAAUGAUACUAGAAACAAUAUGGUUAUUACGUGAAUUUGUCAUAUAAUUAUUGAGAAUCGUUUAAAAACUUGCAAUUAAAAAAUUCCUGAAAA